AUGGGGAUUCAGUUCUCUAGCCUCGUGCCGUGCUGCGUAAAUUCACAAGUUAAGGCAUCUGUUAUUGAAGUUCCGCAUACUGGAAAUGAAGAUAGAAGUGAAGUCGAUAAUGGGCUUGCAUUUCGCGAAUAUACAUUUGAGCAACUUAAGAAUGCGACAUCCGGUUUCUCUGUUCAGAAUAUAGUAUCUGAACAUGGAGAGAAGGCUCCAAAUGUUGUGUAUAAAGGGAAGUUGGAGAAUCAAAUGAGGAUUGCUGUUAAGAGGUUCAAUAGGAAUGCUUGGCCCGAUUCUCGGCAGUUUUUGGAGGAAGCUAGAUCUGUUGGCCAGCUUCGUCACCAAAGAUUAGAGAAUUUACUUGGUUGUUGUUGUGAAGGCGAAGAGAGGUUGCUUGUAGCCGAAUACAUGCCCAACGAAACACUCGCAAAACACCUUUUCCAUUGGGAAACUCAACCGAUGAAAUGGCCAAUGCGACUGAGAGUUGUUCUACAUCUUGCAGAAGCUCUGGAAUACUGCACGAGCAAAGGACGUGUGCUCUAUCAUGACCUUAAUGCAUAUAGAGUUCUAUUUGAUGAGGAUGGUAAUCCUAGGCUUUCAACUUUUGACCUUAUGAAGAAUAGUAGGGAUGGGAAAAGUUAUAGCACGAAUUUAGCAUUUACCCCUCCUGAGUAUCUCAGAACUGGUAGAGUAACACCAAAAAGUGUAAUAUAUAGCUUUGGAACUCUUUUGCUUGACAUUCUGAGUGGGAAGCAUAUCCCUCCAAGUCAUGCUCUUGAUUUGAUUCGAGACAGAAAUCUUCAGAUGCUGACGGAUUCUUGCUUGGAAGGACAGUUUUCUGAUGAUGAUGGAACCGAGUUGGUGCGCUGGGCAUCUCGAUGUUUACAGUACGAACCAAGAGAGAGGCCUAAUCCAAAGUCAUUAGUGGCUGCUUUGGCCCCUCUUCAGAAAGAGACAGAGGUUCCUUCACAUGAAUUGAUGGGUAUUCCGCAUGGUUCUACUUUAGCUUCAUUGUCUCCGCUCGGUGAAGCUUGUUCAAGAAAGGACCUGACUGCCAUUCAUGAAGUUUUCGAAAAACUUGGCUAUAAAGAUGAUGAGGGAAUUGCAAAUGAGUUAUCUUUCCAGAUGUGGACUGAUCAAAUGCAGGACAUGCUAAAUUGUAAGAAAAAAGGCGAUGCGGCUUUCCGGCAGAAAGAUUUUAGACUUGCAAUUGAGUUCUAUACACAGUUCAUUGAUGCCGGAACAAUGGUUUCUCCAACGGUACAUGCGCGUCGCAAUUUGUGUUAUCUCAUGAGCGAAAUGCCGCAGGAAGCACUAGGCGAUGCAAUGCAAGCGCAAGUGAUUUCCCCUUUGUGGCACAUUGCAUCUUAUCUUCAGUAUGUUUUAUUGGGUGAACUUGGAAUGGAGCAUGAAGCACAAGUAGCACUCAAAGAGGGAACAACAUUGGAAGCCAAAAGGAGUGGACAAAAAUGAAGAGUGUGUUUUGUACAUAACACAG